ACAAGAAAACAAAAAAGAUUCCUCUAGUAAGACAUCCUGCGCGCGUCGAUUGAAAUUUGCCGUUAUUCGCAUUGAACGGAUUGUAAAUAUGCCAAAAGAUACCUCCAUAGUACCAUACAAAAUCUUUCGAGGGUUUAAGAUUCCCAAAGGUGGAGUAGAGGAGUAUUUUGAGUAUGCUGCUGAUUACAAACCGAAGCCAGGGGACAUCUUCUUGGUGUCUUAUCCAAAAUGUGGAACAACUUGGGUACAACAACUUCUCUACUUAGUGCAUUCUAAAGGUAUUCCAGCUCCUGGUGGAUGGUCCGAGAUGGUAAACAAAGUUCCCUUCCUUGAACAGGAUGGACCCAAUAAUUUAGAUGGUGCUUUGGCCUUCAAGUAUCAUCUACCGUAUCAUCUUAUGCCAAUGUCGUCUGAUGCAAAAUACAUAUACGUAGCAAGGAAUCCAAAAGACGCUUGCGUAUCUUAUUACCACUUUCUCAAGGGGCUUCCAGGAUACAGCAUUGGAGAAUUUAAUGAGUUCUUUGAAGCAUUUCUCACAGAACAGUUACCUCAUGGCUGCAUAAUAGAUCAUGUGAAGGAUUGGUACCAACAUAGGAAUCUUCCAAACAUUCUUUUCCUAACUUAUGAAGAGCUCAAGAUAAAUCCUAGAGCAGAAAUUCUCAAAUUGGCGGACUUUCUUGAUAUAUCAAUUGAUGAAACAGCACUAGAAGGAAUUUUGAAAUAUUCAAGCUUUAAUUUCAUGCACCAUUUAAUGGAGGAGGGCAAGGAUUUCGUGGAGAGCUAUCUUCGGCAAACUACAAGACUGAAUUCAAACACGAAUUCAAUGCUGCCCAAGAUGUUAAGAAAAGGAGUUGUUGGGGACUGGAAAAGUCAUUUUUCUCCAGAGCAAAGUAAACGACUGAAUGAUAAAUUUCUUCAAAAAACAAAAGGAACUGGUAUGGAACUAUUGUGGACAGCCCACAUGGGCAGUUUAUAAAGUAAUAAUUGGUGAUCAAUUAAUAUUAAAUUAUAAGUGUUGGAGUUGCAUUUCCUAACAUCAAUUUGAGCCUGGAAAUCUUAC